AUGCUGGCUUCAUCCACCUUCUUUUCGACAUGGGCUAUGCUACUGAGCAGCAUGCUCUUCUUCCACGGCACUAUGGGGCAAAGUACUGCGGUCGAUAUUUCGCAACAGAAGAACCCCCAUUUCAUGGGAUGGUACAUAGGACCUUCAACAACCCAGGCUUUAAUGGAUCCUGGGACUUGGACAACAUCAGGGAACUAUGCGCGCGGUUGCUCUAGAGGCAAUUGCGCCUAUGCUACGGAUUGCACUGGCAAUAUCAUUAGCUACGAUGAUGGUGGAUCAUCUCCAUGCAUUGUGUGUCGCACCAUGACCAUCUUCCAAUCAGCGCCAUACGCAUUACCUUCAGCGACCAACAUAUUUUGCGCGGAAAGUUGGUCAGCCUUCACUGUCUUCCGCGAAUUAGCAGUAUCAACCACUAGCUCUGACUCCUCCAGCUCCACCAUAUCUACAUCUUUGCACACAACUACCCAAUCUACCACUCCACCUACCAUAACUAGCUCUUCGACACAAGCGCCAUCAACAACAGACACUACCACAGCUACGCAAUCCGGUGAAUCGCAGACCGUGACAGGAUCGGAAUCUAGUCAAAGCCGAGGCUGGAUUGCGGGAGCUGUAGUUGGCUCCUUUAUAGCCGUUGCAAUUGUUGCAGGCCUCGUCGGAUGGUUUGUAUACCGCCGAAAGAAAGCGCGCAAAGAGUCGGUAAAGGAAGAGUCUGUGGCAAGGAAGAUUAUUCCUUCCCAACGAAACAUCUACAAGCCACCGCAGGCGGUAGACCCGUCCCAAAGUCACAGAUAA